ACUGCCGGAGUUCCCUCGCAAUGCAACGUUCACGAGAAUUACACCGGCCGCCGAGUGUUUCCCUUCACGUUGUUGUCGUGAUCCUGACGUUGUUGACAAUCAGCGCGCACACGCAGCGGGAAACCGACCAACCAAUGGAGAACGAGCCGCGAGAGAGCGCGGAAUCCAAAUCGAAGCUCGACGAGGAACUGUUUAAGAAACUAUUUGCCCAACGGCGCAAGGAUCACAUACAGGCUGUGCAGACACUUCUAAAGAUGGACAACUACGAGCGGCUGUACAAGAUGAUCGCGAUGCUAGCUGAGAAGGUGGUGGAGGUCAUCGAAUCUAGCAAGAGCGUCAUCGAGGAGGCUGCUUUCGUGCCGAAUAACAGUUCCUUCCCGGAAGACACUAACAUCAAAGAAGCGUUAUCCAGCAUCCUGGAGAACACUGCGCUCUUCGGAGACAUCAUCCUGCACCUGCCGGACAUCUCUCACAGAAUACUGAGCACGCAUCAGAGCUUGAACUCCACGUUACACUGGUCCCUGAAUUUCGCCGAUCGAAUGCGCCACUUGCUGGACGAGUCGACCAUCACGAUGAUCCGCUUGGUCGUACAGGAGCUGAACAUCGCGGAACGGGACCCGAACUAUUUUAAUCCGUACCGGUCCGCCGCCGACGAGCGCGAGGACGACUCGAAGGUGACGAAGAAGAAGAAGAAGAAGCAAUCAGCGAAGAAGCGCAAGAAAGGCCCGCAGAUCGCUAAAAUCGAUUUGUGAGAUUCCUCGGCGACCGGUUCCCGAGUCGCCUCAGAACUUGAGAAGCCAGCUUCUCAGGACCCUAAGACAGUCAACGGCCUACCGAUGGCUCCCGUCGUUUACGAAGAUACGCUACGUUUCGUUCUUUGCAGCUGAAGCAACAGCAACGGACUUCCGAACGGCGGCAUAUCUAUUCGACGAUUUCUAUUCGAGAACUCUCUACUAAGUUUCCUAAGAUUACUCAACAUCGCGUGCAUUUCGCGCGAGCAUUUUGCGAUUAGUUCUACUGUUGUAUCGUUAAGCUGCGUACACACCGUAUGAACGAACAAAGAACGAACAACGAAUGCAAACUUUCGUUGUUGCAAUUUGGAAAGUAUGCAUGCUAUAACGAGUCCGAGCAGAACGGGGGAACCGAUUUGCUCAUCAGGUGGUUGAUCAAAAAAAGUUCUAAGCGCGUUUAGAUGCGAAUGUACACAUUCAUAUUAGGCUGGAUUCGCAAUAGGUAAGCCUUUGGUCUUAGCCUUUAGCCUUUUGUCUUAAGCAAUAAAAUCCCAGACAACGUAACGUCUGAAAUCGAGAUGUAAAACGUCUUGAAGACGUUUUUAAAUAAGACUUUAUUUCUGAUAAAAGGCGUCGUCCGUACUGCCAAGUCGCUGCGAAAGUGGUAAUGCUUAUAUUUUAGGAAUUGCAACGUCCGGUAACGCUGGAAAUGCACUAAAAAUUACGUUAUAAUUUAGUUCUCGGAGCAAAAGGCUAAAAGCACCUGUUGCAGAUUCAGCUUUAAGUAACAAUGCCUCUACACAUAUCUAAUUCUAGACAUUCUUAUUGUUUUGGAAUUUUAUAAAAAAAAAUAUAUAUAUAUACGAUAUAUAAAAUAUAUAAAAUUCUAUGUUGAAAGUUUGAAUUCGUAAAUUAAAACAAUAAGAAUGUCCAGUUAGAUACGUGCAUAUUAGUGCUUUUACCUAACGCAUUCGUCAUUCGUUCGUCAUUCGCUCGCUCAGUGUACGCCGAUCUUCAAGUAACGAAGAUCUCUGCGCAUAGCUCAACGGAGCCUGUUGAAGUCGUGAUCACGAUCGAAUAAAGAUAUCGUAUUGCCGACGUAUCUCCAACUAGCGCUAGAAUUCGACGUCCUCCGACUUGCUCCCAAGGUCAGGCGUCUGCAUCCUCGUGUUAAUUCGCAGGCUUGCAAUUCAUCCACGUCGCAAUUUCGGGUUCCAGGAGGAGGAAGGAAAGGGGGGAGAGAAAAAGAGAGAAGGAGGGCCGCUGCUGUCCCUGUUCGAAAGCGAAACCCGGGCUCACCUCGCGC